GAUAAUAGAAUGGUUCGUAUAUUUUUUGUGUACAAAGAAGAAGGGUAGCUACCGAAAGCUUACAUCAAUGGCGGAUUCUGCUCCAGCCAGCUUCUUGACGCGUGCUAAUGCUAUACUUAGAAAAAACUUAACCUAUCAGAAACGGAACAUAUGGAGCAACGUUCGACUCAUCAUGAUCCCUUUCUAUCUCUGCAUAUGUCUUUUGUGUAUCCAAGCUCUGUUCGAUUCACAAGUCAAUAACUCUGUAGAUAAUCAAUGUGGAUGUAAAUGCAUUGACAAAACUGGAGAGGGCAAAUGCGAAAUGGUAUGCGGUGUCCAAUAUUCGUCUAGGGACCAAGGAGUCUUUUGUGCUUUCCCAAAACCUCAACCAUGGCCUCCUUUGAUCCUAAUCCCGCAUCCUCAGGCUCGCGCUGCUGAUGCCAGUUUCACUGAUGAUGACUCGUGCAGACGAAAAAAUAUUUGUCCUGUAACGAUACUUCUCACUGGGAAUAAUCAUUCUCUUGGAGCAACUUUAUCUAACAACCUUCUCAAGAGGUCUUUUACAAUGGAUUCCUCUGACCUCUUUUCCGGUGUAGCGGAUAAUCUCUUGGCUACAACAUAUAAGGGAAGUGCCACCAAUUAUCUUGAUGCAGGGAUUGUCUCAGAUCUUACCAUGUACAACAUCCAACCUCGGUGCCCUCCAAAUUCUAACUUUACAUUCUCAGUUGGACAAGCACCUCUCAAUUUUACCAAAGAGAUGAGAUGCGUUCAAGGAUUGAAUCUUUGGAGAAAUAGCUCUAGAGAGGUCAAUCAUGAGAUUUUUAAAGGUUAUCAGCAAGGGAAUUCUGAUGGGAAAAUAAGUGAGAUUGUUGCAGCGUAUGAUCUUUUGGACACCGAUAGAAGUAACUUCAAUGUGAACAUAUGGUAUAACGCAACCUACAAAGGUGAAGCAGAAAAUAGAGGAAAUAAGCGUAAUAUAAAGUUGGUCCGAGUUCCCCCCUUAGUCAAUUUGGUAUCAAAUGCUUAUCUUCAGUAUUUGCAAGGCGCUGGGACAAAGAUGUUGUUUGAGUUUGUCAAAGAAAUGCCUAAACAAGAAACUAAACUUCGUCUAGACAUCGCAUCUCUAAUUGGUUCAGUAUUCUUCACAUGGGUUAUUCUUCUUCUGCUACCUGUGAUCUUGACCUCAUUGGUGUAUGAGAAGCAGCACCGUCUAAGAGUUAUAAUGAAAAUGCAUGGCCUAGGAGAUGGUCCAUAUUGGAUGAUAACCUACGCAUAUUUUCUCGCUAUAUCCACGUUAUACAUUAUAUGCUUGAUGAUAUUUGGCUCAGCAAUAGGACUGAAGUUCUUUCGCCUUAAUGACUUGAGCUUCCAGUUCGUUUUCUAUUUUCUCUACAUAAAUCUGCAAAUCUCCAUCGCCUUUCUAGUUUCCUCAGCAUUUUCAAAGGUUGAGACAGCAUCAGUUGUUGCUUACGUAUACGUAUUUGGAUCUGGGCUACUAAGCUUGUAUCUCUUCCACUAUCGCAUUGAAGAUUUAUCGUUUUCGAGAGGAUGGAUUUUUGUCCUGGAACUGUUUCCUGGCUUCUCUUUGUACCGUGGGUUGUAUGAGCUCGCGCAAUAUGCUUAUGAGGGAAAUUUGAUUGGGAAAGAUGGGAUGAAGUGGAAAGAUUUCAGUGAUAAUGCAAUGGAUGAAGUUUUCUACAUUAUUAUCGUUGAGUGGUUUGUUGCACUCAUUGCAACAUAUUAUAUCAAUAAGAUAUCUUCAUCGGGAAAACACCCUUUGUUUUUCUUGAAAAAACAAAAACCUUUCAAGAAAUCUCCUUAUCCACAAAGUACUAGCAUGCACAGACGAGUCUCUACAGUUUCCGUAGAAAUGGAGAAACUAGAUGUCAUUCAAGAGAGUGAAAAAGUUAAGCAAUUGAUGGUUGAGCCAAGCAUAAGCCAUGCGAUUGUAUGUGACCACUUGAAGAAGGUAUAUCCAGGUAGGGAUGGGAACCCGCCUAAAAAGGCAGUUCGAGGAUUAUCUCUUGGAGUGACUUCAAGUGAAUGCUUUGGUAUGUUAGGGCCCAAUGGUGCUGGCAAGACCUCUUUUAUCAAUAUGAUGACUGGCCUUGUGAAACCAACAUCUGGGACAGCUUUUGUUCAAGGUUUGGACAUUUGCAAGGAUAUGGACAGAAUAUACACCAGCAUGGGUGUAUGCCCACAACACGACUUGCUCUGGGAAACGCUGACAGGAAGGGAACAUCUGCUCUUUUAUGGGAGACUUAGGAAUCUCAAAGGCUCUUAUCUUAACCAAGCUGUAGAAGAGUCUCUUAAGAGUGUGAACCUUCUCUAUGGAGGAGUUGCUGAUAAACCUGCUGGAAAAUACAGCGGAGGUAUGAAAAGACGGCUAAGCGUAGCCAUUUCACUUAUCGGGAGUCCUAAGGUGGUUUAUAUGGAUGAGCCAAGCACAGGACUUGAUCCAGCUUCAAGAAUGAACCUGUGGACAGUCAUCAAGAAAGCAAAAAAACACAGUGCGAUAAUCCUCACUACUCAUUCAAUGGAAGAAGCAGAGUUUCUUUGUGACCGAUUGGGGAUUUUUGUAAACGGAAGGUUACAAUGCAUAGGGAAUCCAAAAGAGCUAAAGAGAAGGUAUGGCGGAUCUUAUGUGUUAACAAUGACAACAUCAUCAGAACAUGAGAAUGAUGUGGAGAUGUUGGUUCAAGAUGUUUCCCCAAACGCCAAGAAGAUAUAUCACAUCGCAGGGACACAGAAAUUUGAGAUCCCAAAAGAGGAAGUUCGGAUCUCGGAAGUGUUUCAGGCGGUUGAGAAGGCGAAGAGGAAUUUCAAGGUGUUUGCUUGGGGACUUGCGGAUACAACUCUUGAAGAUGUUUUCAUUAAAGUUGCUAAAACUGCUCCAGCCUUUAAUGUAUUCUCUUGAAUCUUCUUAAGUUUGGUUAUGUUCGUUUGAUUGUGAUUGCGACUAUGAAUCGCAUGAUGUUGUUCGUUUAACAAUCAUGCGACUGAUUGCUAUGACUAAUUGCUACUUAAACAGUCGCUACAUUGAUUUUUUUCUGCGAUCAAAGAAAAUAGUUAAUAUCACCA